UUUAGCGUCAUAAACAGCGACUACACACUUGGUGAUUGCAUACGUCUUGACUUGAACUGUGAGGCUGUUUUCUCCUACUGCCACCUGCUGUAUGUCGCGUGGCUUGCGCUCACUCGGCGUACCAAAAUUGCUUACUUUGAAGUGGAGAUACUGGAUGCUCAUACAAGAAAGCAGGUCCAAGUCAUAGACAAGGUGCAUCCAUCCUCAACAGUUCUUGAUCUUAAAAAUAGGUUUCACAAAGCAUCAGGUCCCCAGUGGUAUCCUUCUCGAACAGGCCUCAGGGUUGAUCGCAAUGGUCCUUUCCUGAAAGAUUCCUGCAUUAUCCACACCAUUGCCUCAUCUUCCCUUGUUACUUUGUAUUUCACAGACUUGGGCCGGCAGGUCAGCUGGAGCACAGUAUUUCUAACUCAGUAUUUUGGACCUCUUUUAAUCUACCUGAUGUUUUAUUUCCGUUUAUCAGGUGUGUAUGGUGAAACAAAAAGCAACCGACAUCUAGCAGUGAACUUGGCCUGCUUUUGUCACUCCCUGCACUACAUCAGACAUCUUCUGGAGACUCUUUUUGUUCACAAGUUCUCGGAAGGAUACACACCUUUACAGAACAUGCUGAAGGGUUGUGCCUUUUACUGGGGAUUCACGGCCUGGCUGGGAUAUUAUGUCAACCACCCCUUAUACACACCUCCAUAUUUCGCAAAUAAACAGCUCAUUCCAUCUACAUUGUGCUUUUUGUUUUGUGAAGCUGGAAACUUAUGUAUCAAUAUUGUUUUAGCCCAACACAACCAGGCAGGAAACAAAUCACAUUUUCCAAGAUCUACUUCCAAUCCCUUCACGUGGCUCUUCAAGUUGGUACACUGUCCACAGUACACUUAUGAGAUUGGAGCUUGGCUAAGUUUAACUGUUAUGACUCAAACAGUUCCAGUCGCAGUUUUUGCUAUAAUGGUAUCUAUUCAAAUGAUGCUGUGGGCAAAGAAGACGCAUAACAAGUACCUGAAGCAGAUGAAGAACAGCUCAUGCCAGAGGAUGGCAGUGAUUCCGUUCAUACUGUAGAAUUCUAAACAGGAAAUAAAUCAUCACCAUAAUGAAAGCAGAACACAGAUGGACUGUAAUUUGCAAUUUCCUGACUUUAAUAUAGAGAACACACAAUGUGAGUUAAAUUGGUGAAGGUUUUGAGCUGGAGAAAUUCUGCUGACAGCCGUUGAUAAGGAACAAGGUACAGUAAAUACGGCAGAAAUAGCAAUGACGUAGUAAGCUGGGGCGACCGGUUGAGUAAGAGAGAUGGAUGAUGAAUGACCCAACAGGACCACUCCAAAGCAAACACCAGGCAUACAGUAUAGUGCUCUGUUGCUGUCAUUUGAAUACAUGACCUAUUUAAAAAAAAAAACUCAGAAUGCUGAAUGAUUUCAAUCACACAAGUUUAACAAAUUGAUAUAUUCAUUCUGUUGAAUAUUUGUGUAUCUAGUUAUACAGUAUGCCUUGUCUUUAAAUUUUACUUUGUAUCAGAAGCAUGGCAAUUUAAAGAUAAUCAACCAAAAGUAGAGUUUGGUUUGUUGAAUAAACAUAUUUCUUAUGCUUCUCUAUCAUUUUCAAGACCCAAAGGGUCUGUUAUUUUUGUGGUGCCAUUAUCUGACAGAUAAAAGUACAUUUCUUGGUUGUGUCCAAACCUCUGUACUGUAUAUUCUGCACUAGUAAUUUCAAGAAUCAUUUACAAUCUGUACUUUUUCUAAGGUAAUUUUCCAUUUUCACUGUCUUCAGUGAAACAGAUACAAAAAAGAGGUGCAAGACCAGUGUAAAUGUGUUUCAAUUUUUCAUUAUCUUUAAAAAAGCACCAAGUUAGUUAAAAAUGUAGCAUUUACAACUUAUUUGACUUCAUCAGCUUUGAAUACAGAUUUCAUUUAACAGAUGUGUAGGAUUUCCUUGGUCUAAUUUUCUCUGAAUUAAAACAUUAGAACCACUGAAAUGUGCAAAGAAAAAUAAUAGCUGAAAGUUUUUUUUAAUCUAAAAAUGAUAACAGCUAUGAGCUACUACUGUAGGUAUGCAAAAAACACCCUUUGAAUAGAAAAUACUGUUUUUAAUUAAAAUAAUUCUAGUAGAAUGGAAUACAUUCCCAUCAACAGGCCUAAUACUAUUUAUAGAAUUAGUAGACGGAACUGCAUCUUGAUUAAUGAACAUGAAAAAAGUCCUUUCUCUUCUUUCAAAGGCACUUUUUAUGUUAUUAAGAAUUAAAUAACUUUGGAGGCUUACUCUCAUGAAUAGACAUUUACAGUAUGUAAAUCUGUAAAUGCUGUAUCAGAGUUCAAAGUUUUUUUUUAUUAAUAAACUUGUGGACACCAUGGGCAGUACUAUAAGUACUAUAAGGGAGGCUUUGAAAAGAACUAAUGGGUGAGUAAAGAAGCAGUAGGAGUAAAUGCCAUUUUCACAAAAAUUAUUAAAUUUCUUUAAAGAAUAAAUAAAGACAGGGACAUUAUUCCAAAAUAAUGAAUAAAGUAAGUGUUCAAUAGUGCGCUUCGGGAUCUGUUGUGUGGCUGCAUCUAUUCAAAUUAAUAGUUCUACUUUGAAAGAACUUUGAUUCAAAUGAAAAGUUCUUCUUUUUAAUCACCCUGAGGCAUUGGAAUCUGGUCUUCAUGUGAAUCCAGCCCGUCGCUACUGCUUAUUAAACAACGGAACAUAUUAUUGCACUAAAGUCCUGCAAAAUGUAGAUCUAUAAACAGAAGACCUUAGAUGUUUUAAAUCAUUCUUAUUCUGUAUUCAAAUAUUUUGAUUAAAAGCUUUUGAAUGUAGUUUCGAUACAUUUGUGUAAAUGUCCAUGUGGAGUGAUUUAUACUAGUGAAACUAGAAAGCCCAGGAAGGCUCAGUGUCUGAAUAUGGGGAUAAUAUGACAGGAGGCAGUAAAUUUACUUGUUGGGAGACGCUCUAAGGAAACAAAUAUUAUCACUUCUGCUCUAGGAUUUAUGGUUAUGGACAGAAUUAUGAUGAGGGUUAGAGGUGCAAAAAAGAAAAAGAAAAUAGUGCUUUUGCACCAUGUAAGAUUUAGGAUUUAUAUUCUGGAAGGUUUAAAUCUGAAGGGACUAGAUAGAGAUUUUGGAUUAAACUAUUUUCAGAUUAAGUAGUUUAAACCAGUUGAAUAACUUACUGUACAUCUGUAUUUGUCCCCAAAUUAUCUGGUUAUUAUGGUCUGACAAUCAUAACCCAAGGUACCUGUAACUGUUUUUCAGAAAAUAUGGCAAUUGAAAACACGUAAAAAAAUGGUAAUAAAGGCCCAUGAUUAAUAGAAAAUGUAUAAUGAAUGGAAAUUAUUAUUUCAAUUGUAGGUUGCACCAAUUAAAUGCACUAAGCUGUUAAAUGGACUAUUCAAUGAUGUACAUACUGUACAGAUAUACUGUAAUAAUGCAGCCUGACGAAGGCCGUUGUGGCCUGAAUGCCAUUUUGUUUUUAACCUUGCUUCUUGUUAUGCACCAAAGAAUGAAGGAAUCAAUGGUGUUGCA